GCACCAAUUUUCUCCAUCUUCCCAGCUUCUUAGGAUCAGCGUUGAAGACAAAUAUUGGUAACAAGGCUAGAGUUGAAGCCUCCAUCAGAGAAGGGUAUUUGCAAAGUGAAAAGGGUACAUUUGCGAGUUACUACUUCCCGGAAGAAGUACCCACAAAUGCACGUCGUGUGCCGAGAUUUGAUGACGGGUUUAUGAUUAAUGAUGAUGUUGCAAUUUCUAUUUUUGCUCACAAGGCAAAAUUAAUUGGUGCAAGCACACGUCGAUACAUGGAUCAAAAUGAAUCUAAUGCACUGCAUGCAUAUGUGUUACAGAACUGUCCAGAGAUUGACUUAUUUAGAGAAAUGUUUAGCAAUGCAACCGGAUUAAUAGCUUCUGAUGAAGUCCAAUUUCAAGCGCAAUUCCCUAUUUGGUUUUAUCACCAUGUGCAAACUGACACUUUGGACCAUCCACGGUGGCUACGGCCUUUAUUUGGAUUUCCUUCUCCGUAUGUGACGACCUACCAAACACUUCAUAUGAAUGGUUACAAAUUUAACACUAUAGCACGGUCUGAAGAGAGGAUGACUUGUAACUGUGGGAUUACGGUCAAGUGCACCAGUUAUGAUGGUUUGAGACUCGAUUAUUAUGGUUUAAUACACGAAAUAAUUCAGUUGGAAUAUCAAAACUACAAGGUAAUUGUCUUCAAAUGUGAAUGGUUUGAGCCUUCAGAAAGAGGUACACGAGUCCAUCCACUGUACGAUUUAGUUGAUGUGAACAUGCAAUAUCGGCUUUGCACUUCAGAUUGCUAUAUUCUAGCAUCACAGGAUGAUCAGGUUAUGUAUGUCUCAUAUCCAACUGCAAAGACAAGGACCAACCGGUGGCUUUCUGUUAUUCAGUGCGUGCCACGGGCUUUUGUGGAGAAAGAGUUGGUGGGGAAUUCAACUCACGUAGAUGAACAACCGUUGGCUGACGUGCACUUGUCGUUAGAUGCACUCAAAAUACAAUACAACACUAAUACGUAGUAUAGUGUAGUAAGGUUCGUAUCCACAGGGAAAGGAAUACUUUUCUUUUAAAUAAAUAGUAACAAAAGGG